UUUCCGGUGAAUGGUCCAAAUUUGGGACUGACCACUGUAACAUUUGUCUCCGACACGUAGCCACAAAUUGACAAUGGACUGUCCACAGCAAGGACACAAUGCAUUGUGCACCACAAAAUGUCUUUUAUAAGCCUAUCGUUUACGCUCUCCGUCCUUUGACACGAUUAAUCUCUACUCUUUCUCUACCAUCAUUAUGACUGGGUUGGACUAUCCUCUUUACCCCAUCUUUGCUUUCCUUGGCUUCGUGGUCACACUUAUACCUCUUCCAUGGCAUCUACAAGCAUGGAACUCGGGAACAUGCUAUUACAUGAUUUGGGCGGCACUCUCUUGCCUCAACCAGUUCAUCAACUCCAUCGUUUGGCAUAACAAUGCCAUCAACUGGGCACCCAUCUGGUGCGACAUUUCCAUUCGAAUCAUGCUCGGUGCUUCAGUGGGCAUUCCUGCCGCGUCACUAUGCAUUAAUCGCAGAUUAUACAACAUCGCGAAAACUCAUGCGGUCGCACUCACAGAUGAAGCGAAACGACGAGCCAUCCUUAUUGACACCCUAAUUUGCGUGCUCUUUCCUAUGAUAGUCGUUGCGCUCCAAUAUGUCGUACAGGGCCAUCGCUUUGAUAUUUACGAAGACAUCGGCUGCUACCCUUUCAUUUACAAUACGCUACCAGCGUUUUUCUUGUCGGAUAGCUGGCCUAUAAUUAUUGGCCUUGUAUCUUCGGUCUAUUGUGGUCUUUCAUUGAAGGCUUUUUACCUCCGCCGUGCACAAUUCACCCGUUUUUUGAAAUCCAACAAGUCUCUCAGCGCUAGUCGCUACUUCCGUCUCAUGGCACUCGCAAUGGCGGAAAUAUUGUGCACCAUCCCCCUCGCGUCUUUUAUAAUAUGGCUCAACUCGGCAGCACAUCCUGUAGAGCCCUGGAUCAGCUGGGAAAAUGUUCACUACGACUUUUCGCGUGUCAUGCAAUACCCGUCUGUUCUGUGGACAACGAACUACCUCCUGGUUGUUGCCAUCCAGCUCACGCGGUGGCUUGUAGUCUUCUGUGCGUUCACAUUUUUCGCUUUCUUUGGGUUUGCCGCAGAAGCGCGGAAGAACUACGGCAUAGCAUUUUGGUGGGUAGCAAAGAUAUUCGGAUUCUACCCAGCAAGGCUGCAACAGCGUAUGAACUCGAAUGAAUUUAAUCGCGCUCCUCGUGUGCCUGCGAUACUUCCAUCAGCAACCUCAUUCCCCCUUUAUGUCGUCAAAGAACGCAAACACAACAGUCCGUUGGUAUUAUCUUGGCAACAUUCACUAGAUGAACAGAAAACUUCCCCUGUUUGAGAAACGAUGCCUUCAGGAGCGUCCUUCAUGCCUGCUAUGAUGACGUUGGUCUCAUGGAGUGUCGUGAGGUGGUAGAUGGUUCCGAUUGAAAACGUUUGUGCUACGAGUAAUCCACCCUCAUUCGCUGUUGUCAUUCAUUGUACUUUGAACGGAAGGAGCAUUCGAUCAUUCAUUUGUAUGAAUUAUAAUAACAUCUCACACUCUUUUUGUAUUUUUGACUCCUUCGAACGACACAUACAUUAUGUAUUUCCUGAAUCCUCAAGUGGACCGGGACGCCACGUAUUUUGUAGUACAUAUCUGAAUCAAGUACAUACGCAAAUGAUCAAAAUAUCGUUGUUUCUCGCGUAGAA